UGGCGAAUGUUUUGGUAUGGUGGGUUCGCUUGUUACGGAGUCGAUGUGUAACCAGGUCAUUUCCAAAUUUCAUAAAAUCGAGUUAUACGAAAAUAUAUUUUAAUGCUUUUCAUAAUUUAAAAUGUUAGAAAGAAGUAAUUAACCAAACGCAUUAAAUAUAAAUCUUCUUGCUGCACCUGCUAUUCUUAUCAAGAUGAAAUUCCUGUAUAUAAUACAAUGUUUCAAGUUCUGCUUAAGCCUACCAUGAUCAAACUGUUAUUCUUCAGCAAACUCAUGUUGUAAAAAGAAGAAAAAAAGAAUAUUAAUUGUUGUCAUGCAGCAGAAGCCUUUUACACUCCACAUCUGCAAAUUCAUGUUUGGUGAAAUGAAUUAAUUUUUUACUGCACAGCUUCAAUAUCCAAUGGUUUGUUUAAAAUGGACUCUUUGUGGAAUAUAUGUGUAUCCUCAGCUUGAUAGAGAUGGGGGUAAGUGCUUCAUCGCCAGCUUCUUGCAGCAACACGCAACCAGAGCCUAUGGCAUCUUCUCUUCAAGCCCAAAGUGUAUGCACAAGCUUUUCAUCUGGAAAUGUUGAUCAGUACGGUAAGGAAAAAAAGAGAAAAGUCGGAUCAUUGUCCACUCUCCGUAAACGUUUCACUCGAAGGCGGAGAACGAGCAAGGGAUUCGACCAUGCUCAAGUUUUCCGAGAGUUUAUAGCUGACUGGAGUCCACGAGAUGUUGUUGCUCUUGUGGAGGAGUAUGAAGCUACUGCUGCAUUGAAAGAAAUCACUCUUCAAGCAGAAUUAGCACGUCCAGCAGCAAGUUCAUGUAAACAAGAUUUGGGCUUAUUAUUUGAAAACAAAUACUGUUCUGAUAUUAAUCUCAUUUAUCAGGGAACGGUGUUUGCUGUACAUCGUGCAAUACUGGCAGCUAGGUGUCCUUUUUUUCGUGAAAUGCUCAACAGUUUAUCAUCUAUCUGCACAGAAGUUGCUGUCGAUAUAGACAUUGCUGGUGUUAGUAUAUCUAUGUUUAAUGAACUACUUAGAUAUUUAUAUACCGGAGAACUAUCUGUUGCAGAAAGUUAUAGUGGAAACUUUGACAUCCUUUAUCAAUUAAGUGAACAGUUUGGUAUUCCAAAUCCACUCGAACAGGAUUUAAAAUAUUUACUUGAAACUGGUAUUUACAGUGAUAUUUCUUUAAGCUUUACAUCUCCAAGUGAUACUGGCCAUUCUGUUAUUCGUGGUCAGACAGCCUACAUCUGUGAUCAUAUAUUAACUGAUGCGGAAGGGAAACCAUGUAAAAUUUGCCAUGGGACAAAUGAAUUUUGGUGUCACAGAGCUAUUUUAUCUGCUCGAUCUCCAUUUUUUCGCAAUGUCAUCCACAGACAACAGAGACGUUCCGCUGAUAUGCACGAAAGUCAUAGAACUCGUAUUUUGCUUGAUGAUAGCAUUAUACCUCGCCGCUACGCAUGUAUAUUAUUAAGAGCUGUUUAUCAAGAUGCAUUAGAAUUUGGAGCAGUUUUGCCUGAUAGUGCUAAAAGGGGAAGCAUGACUGAUGUGCAUGUUCCUCAGUCAUCUGUAGAAGAAGCUAUGCAAUUAUUUGAAGUUGCGCGUUUCAUCGAAAUGGAUGCACUAGUUCAAAGCUGUGAAGAUUUCAUUGUGGAAUCAUUAAGCUUGGAAAGUCUGUUACCAGUUUUGCGUUGGAGCAGCCAGCCUCACGGUUCUCAGUGGGUCUAUCGGCAAGCUAUACAUUUUAUUCGUGAAGAGUUCAUGACUGUAGCUUCUGCACCAAUUUUGUUUCAACUGGAUAAAUCUCAUUUAAUUGAUGUCAUAAAAUCUGAUUUUUUACAGGCUGGUGAACUAGAAGUUUUGCAAGCAGUUUUGAAAUGGGGAGAACAUCAACUUUUUAAACGUGUAGAAGAGCGAGAACCUAAUUUGGUGAGCCAUACUGCCCAUAGCGUCAGUCGGCGGGGAUUACGAAGACGAGAUUUGAGCGAUGUCGAACUUCGAGAUUUGUUGUCUGACCUUUUGAGUUGUGUUCGUAUAAGUCAUAUACUACCUCCUGAUAGUGAAGUUUUAGUAUCAGCUGUUAGACGGGGCCUCAUUAGCACACCUCCUUCUUAUAUGCUGGGAGAUGAUUUGUGUGUGGGCCACAGUUCUAAUCUGAAACCUAAAGCUUGGAUUAGAGGCAGAAACAGCCAUGGAUUAUAUGUGAAGCCUCGCCUCUUUACACCAUUUGUAGAAGAAGCGAAGGCUUGGCUAGAAGAGCAGUUAGGUCAAGAUACUGAUGUUGUUCGUCAACAGGUGUGGCACAUCUCCCACAUUCCUGAUACAUUGUAUAUGGUUGAAAAACCUUUAUCUUUUAGUGAGGGAGUUGUACCUCUGGGGCACUUAUGUCCCUUGUCAAGUCUUGAAUUUAUGAAGGAUGUUGUCCUUGAUGAAACUACCUUACGUCAAAUGAAAAAGCGUGAAAAAGAGUUAAGACAGACCCAAAGUGCCCGUCGAGCUUAUUCGGUGGUGAGGAACCACUGUGAUGUAACAAAACUUUUGCAACUACGUGUUGUACGUGAAUUUGGACUUCCAGAUAAGGUUAUGGAAGUUCUACAUCGCACCUCGUAUCAAUUUUUAGAAGAAUAUGGAGCAGAACAUCAUCCUUCAGCUUCAUCAGUAACUCCAGGCCAUCAGGCCCGUUUUUCCGGGGACCAUUCUAGUCACAUCUAUGGGCUACCGAGGAUGUACAAACCUUCUAGGCAUCUAAGUUUAGAACUUGGAGAGGCUAGAGAAGAAUCUCUUCAGUCAGCAAACCAGAUGUCAAGAAGUUGUUGUAGUGAUCAUCUAAAUGAAAUCAUUCCAGACAUAGCCAUGGCAACAUCUCUCCUUGAACAGAUUCAUAUCAGUGAAUCUGAAACCAGCCCUGACAGUGGAGGAUUCUCACUUCGGAUGUUUUGACUGAAAUGGUCAUUUAGUGGACUAAGAAAUAGUCUUCCAUGUCAGUGUUUUUAAAAACCAUGGAGAAACUGUAAAAAUUUCAUUGUACAUAUACUCUUGAACUAACAUAACCUCAUCAUCAGUUGGCUUGCUAUGAUGUUAUGAAAUGUGUUGGCUUUUAAAAGAUGGUAUGCAUAGAGUUAGAUAUCAAAUAAGUUUUUUCUUUCUUAUAAAGGUUGUUUAUAAAAUGCAUCAUUCAUCAUUGUAUAAUUACCUUGUUGAAACAUGUUAAAGAUAUGUCUUCUCUUAGUGGAAAGCUAAACUUUAAACUUUUUGUAUAUAGUGUUGAUAUUUCCUUUACAUUUUUACUGUUUGAAAUUUUAUGUGUGUUCAAUUUUCUGAAUUUAAAUUAAGUUUGUGUUCUAUGUUACUAAUGAAAUGAAACCUGGUUUUUAUAUCCUAAAGUACAUUUUUUAUGGAAUCAUUUAAAAUAUAUUUGAAACAAACUACUGAAAAAAAAAUGAAUUAAUAGAUAUAUAAUUUUAAAACCAAGAGGAAAAAAUUGUUUAACGAAACCACUGCAAUGUAAUUUUAAUUGUGAACUUUUUAAUUUAUAUUACAUGUUAUAUAGCAUAUUUCAUAGCUGCCAACCAAGUUCCUGGUUUUGCUGAUGAAUCAGAAACCAAGAGACUGUAAUUGUUAGGUGAUAUUUCAUGGAUUCAGACAUGGCAAAUCUCCAUAUAGCUUGAUUUUUUCUUUGGCCAAUACCAGUGUGGCUUUUUUUCACCUGUAAAAUUAUAAACUGGAAUAUCUGAUAUGACACUGCAAGGCAUUAGGUAAAGAAGCAUAAAAACAAGUUCAAUGUGUGUAUAUGCUCUUGAAAUGAAGUAAAGAGAUUGUAAUAUUGCUGAUAUGAAGGGAAGAGUUCCCCCCUUUUUUCUUUCCCUCCUCAACAUUCAUUCCUAUAUACCAUACAUUUAAAAUUUGUAAUUAAUUGUUAACAAAUUUUGUGAUUGGGCAUUAGUUAUUAGUUUUAUUUGCAUUAUACUUAAAAGUACUUUUUCUUGUCUAAUAAUAAUUAAUUAAUUAAAAACUAAUUUAGAAUAUCUAAUUAAAUAAAUUUUAAUAUUUAAAAUUUAGAAUAUCUAAGUAAAUACUAAUUUAUUUUACAUCAGAAUCACAUUAUAAAGAGUUCAGUAACCAAAAUCAAGCAUUAUAAGUAAAUUUAUUUAAUGUUCUCUCGAAAUUGCAUUGCUGUGCAGUGUGGAAACCUUUGUGGUUUCGCAUAAAAAAUCAUCUGGUGUUUCAGACUAAAGUGUUGGCAGCUAUGAUAGUUAUAGAAACAAAAUGAAACAUAUUUCGUAAGAAAUUUUUUAUAUAUAAUUUAAAGCCAAACAAUAUUUGUAAAUAUUACUAAAAUGAAUUAAUUUAGCAUUUUUCAAAUGUCACUGCCAAAACUUUAAUUUUUUUUAUUAAUGAAAUUCUUUCACUUAACUCUGUUGUUCUAUGUUUUGAAUGAAAGGCACUUUUUCUUUGCAUGAAAGUUAAUUUUAUUCCAUAUUUUUUUUCCAUCCUUCAUCAUUCCAGUUUACUUACUAUAAAACUGGUAAUUUAUUAAAUCUGUAAAAGUUUUAAUAAAAAAAUAAGCUAUGUA